AUGAAGUCCGCCAGCGACGAUUCUCCAGCCAAGGCCGACGACCCUCGCGAUCUUCCUCAAAUCGAAGUUUUGGAUAAAUCCGAUCAACCCGUCGCACCAGAUCAGUUUGACGAAAAAUACCGCACGACUCAGACGGAGAUCUGGGCCUACUACGCCUAUUAUGUUGGGAACAAUGGAUUAUCCCUGUUCAACUUCGGCCCUACUGCGUUUCAAAAUCUGUUGUCCCAAGCCGCAUCGCCCGAGGGCUAUCCAUUCGCCGGGCGCCUGCGCAGCGUCAAUAGUAUCGUGCUCUUAUGCAAUGGCAUUUCCUUUGCCAUUCAAACAGUCGUUUUCCUGGUUAUCGGCAGUUUCGCCGAUUUCGGCACUUGGCGAUCCAGCAUCCUCAUCGGCCUGUCAUUAGUCGCAUAUGGCAUUGGAUUCGGAUGGCUGGGUGUGCACACUGCGGACAAGGUGAACGUCGCUAUAGGGCUGUAUAUCGUAGGCCUUAUAGCGUACCAAACUACGCUCAGCUACUGGACUGCAGCUUUCCCUUCACUCGCAAGAGGGACUGAUGAGAUGAGAGACAAGGCGGACGCCUAUCAAAACGGAAUCAUCACGCGUGAUGACUACGACUUUGCUGAUAUGCUAAUGCGUAGCCGCCUUGCCAACGUCGCCUUUUAUGUCCAGUCUGUAGCCGAAGUCUUUAUCCUGGCGAUUAUCGUCGGCAUAAUGUUUGCCCUACACGUCAAUGAGAGCGAGGCUAACAACAACUGGGGACUGAGUGUGCUCAUCGCAUUUGCAUCUGGUGUCUGGUUGCUGGUUUCUCUGCCCUGGUUCUUCCUUGAAAAGCGCCGCCCAGGGCAAGACCCAGGACGUAAAAGCAUACUCAUCGCUGGUAUGUCCCAGCUGUGGUUUGCGAUGAAUCAAAUAUGGAAACUAAGGCAGAGUUUGAUCUAUCUAAUCGGUUAUUUCUUGCUGGGAGACUCUUUGAACACAACCGUGACGGUAGUCUCGACUUUGCAGAACAGUGUGGUCUCAUAUAACACCCUUGAACUCACAUACCUUCUGAUUGUGGGCAUUGCCGCACAGGCGGUCGGCAUCUACGCAUUCUGGUGGAUCCAACAGCGCUACCAAUUGGGUACUAAGGCCAUGUUCAAUACGAUUGCUGCCUGUAUUGUCAUACUGGAUGGCUGGGGUAUGAUUGGGAUUUGGACCGACAAAUUCGGAUUUCACAACGUCUGGGAAUUCUGGGUAUACCAAGCAUUCUACGGUCUGUUUGUUUGCCCCUGGUAUAGUUAUUCGCAGAUCAUGAUCUCCGAAGUCACUCCACGCGGCCACGAGUUCCUAUUCUUUAGUCUCUUCAGCAUCAUCGGAAAGACUUCAUCUUUCAUCGGCCCUCUUGUCUCUAGCGCCAUUAUCGACGCUAGUCCGACUGGAAAUGUCUCGACUCCAUUCUACUUCUUGUUUGCACUAAGCCUGGUUAGCUUUGGGUUCCUAUUUAUCUGUGUUGACCUGAAGAAGAGCCAGGUCGAGCAGGAUAAGUUUUUGCAGGAUAAGCUGCGGCGCCUGGAAAGUAGCUCAUCCGAGCUUACUGAGAAUCAGGUAUAA